AUCACACAUCUAAAAAAAUAUAUGAAACAAAACCAAAACUAUUUUGUAACAAAUGGCUACAAGACAAAAAUUUUUCAGGUUGGUUGAAACCCACCCCAGACAAAACGAAAUUUAAAUGUGAAUGUUGUAACAAAAUAAUGUCAUGCGGUAGAACUCAAUUAAAAAGACAUGCCGAAUCCCAGUGUCAUCUAAAAAAUGUUACAAAAAUUAAGCAGAACAAAAAAUUAAAUGAUUUUACUGUUAAUGAGACUGCACGUAAAAAGGCAAUAGAACAUAGGAACAAUGUUCUUUGUUUGGAAUUAGCAAUUACAACUUUUUUUGCAGAACAAAAUAUUGCGUUGCAAAAUGUAGACCACUUAGUGGAGUUGAUAGAGCGCAAUGUAACUGACUCCAAAAUUGUAACAGACCUAGAAUUAAAAAGAACGAAAUGGACUGGGUUAAUUACUAAUGUUGUAGCAAAAGUGGAAAUUAAUGAUUUAAUUAAAAUAUUGCAAAAGCAAACAUUUUCAAUUCUUUGUGAUGAGUCAACAGAUAUCAGUACCAGCAAACAGUUGUGUAUUGUUCGUUACAUAAAUGAAUCAAGAAAAAUCGUUACACAGUUAUUAGAAAUUUGCCAUAUAAAUGCAAGAAAUGGUUCUGCAAAAAAUAUAUAUAACACUUUUAAAAGAUGUCUACAAGACAAAGAAAUUCCAUUGAAAAAUAUUGUAGGAAUGGCAUCAGAUGCUGCAAAUGUCAUG